AUGGUAUCGUCCUAUUCUGAAUCGGAUUUGGAAUACUACACGGCCAGAUACGAUACCUCUGAUAGUCAGCGCCCUGCUACGGCUACCACCACUAGUAGUACUGUUGUCAGCCAAGGUUCAGGUGACUGUUCGAUCUUCGGAAGCCCAAUGAAUAACAAAGACGAAUUUGCCCCAGAGGAUACCGGUGCUGGAGGAACUUUGAGGCCCGUAACAUCAAAGCAUGAGGUGGUUUCUGGGGUACGGUGGAAUCGAGUUCACCCAGCGCUGAACUUCCUGCAGAAUGCAGCAUACGAAGCUCAACAGUCACACUGUGACAGACGCUUGGUGCGGUCGUUGUACAUAAAUGCUCUGGGCUAUCUUCUUGAUGCUGCUCCGAAGGAUUUAACUUCUGAAGAGUCUGCGAGAAUUAGACGUAACCUUCCUGAUAAAGUCAAAUUUACCCUACCGACGGCCGAGAUGGCUCCUCAUGCAGCAGGUUUUCCCAAUCAGCAAUCCUCAGCAAGGUAUCAACAUGGGAGGUCAUAUCUUCAUCGAUUGCUGUCAUCAGGUAUCAUUUGGCUCUUCAUCAUACUUCAGUUUCUGAUGCCGUAUAUUAAACUACUCCUACGGAAGCUCUAUCAAUUCGAACGGUCCCACCACAUUACGGAGCGAACUAUUGCUGCAACUGCCAACGCUGCAGACAGUUUGACCAAAGGUGGUUUUACUCUGGGCUCUUGCACACUCAGUUUGCGUGAGGGACAAUUGGGCACAACAGUGUCGAAUCUGGCCGCCUGGUGGAUAGAAAGCGUUGCCGGUGGCAUUUACGAAGGCGUUGGUGAAGGAAUGAUGAUCAUGGGCCUCAUCCGACCAAACUCUGAGUUGGAAAGGGUGUCCAUGCAGUUCUCCCGGGGGGACUAUUGA